UUUCUUAGGAAGUAAUAUUUACGGGAAACAAUUUGCCCUGCCAUUUUUCUCACCCACCCAUCUCUCUCUCUCGUCCAGACCCAGCCUCUCUCUCGUUCGAUCAUCCACUACUCUACUCCAGCGGUCGCGACCAUAACCCCGCCUCGUUCCAAAACUUUGAGAGAGAGAGAGAGAGAGUCGCAGAGGAGAGAGAGAGAGGAGGAAGAAGAGCAAUCGGAGCUGAGUUUCAAAGAAACCCCCGAGGAAGUGACGCCACCCUUGAUUGCUCUCAUUCUGGUCCCUGCGUUCCUUCGAUUGCCUCUAUUCCGAAAAGGAAAGGAAGAUUCAACAAUGAACAAGGGUAAGAUUUUCAAGCUAGCGAAGGGGUUCCGGGGAAGGGCGAAAAAUUGCAUUAGAAUAGCAAGAGAGAGAGUGGAGAAGGCCUUGCAGUAUUCCUACAGAGAUCGCCGAACCAAGAAGCGAGAUAUGCGCUCCCUCUGGAUCGAGCGCAUCAAUGCUGGAACACGCCAACAUGGGGUUAACUAUGGCAACUUUAUGCAUGGGCUGACAAAGGAGAACAUCCAGCUAAACAGGAAAGUUCUGUCGGAGUUGUCGAUGCAUGAACCAUACAGUUUUAAGGCUCUUGUCAACAUCUCCCGCAGUUCCUUCCCGGGAAAUAAGAACAUUGUGUUUCCUCCCAAGAAGGAAGGUAUCUCAAUUGUUGUAUAACCGACUAAUAGAGCAGCUCCUAAGAAGGAAAUGGACCUAGAGUUCUUUAUUUAGUAGGAAACUUUAUGGUAACAAAUUUAUAGUUAGCUGUUUUCGGGAAAGAAAGGCGGGAUGUGUUUGCGGUUCAUUUUGUGCAACAAUCCAUUUUGAUAGUUGUUUAUUUGGCAAUUAUUAGUUCAUCUUGACUUUGGGAAAAUUUUUGAGAGCAUAAUAAUCUGUGUCAUCUAGGCUUUUGUUUUUCUGGAA